GCGGGAAACCAAAAUGGCGAGAGCGAGCGAACAAAAUCGUAACCGUUUACCAUAUUGUAAAAAAUGACUUUACGCGUUUGAAUAAUUUCUCUAAAGAAAUCAGUUCACUGCAGCUUUAACGGGAACGGAGCUCCCGUUGUCCGUUCUUGGUGUGGUUAUUUGUGUUUGUGAAACGUUGGUGCCCGGGAAAGUGACCGAAUGAGAGACUCGACAAGUUCGGAUAACCUGGCUGCCCAUCAAAAAUCACCCCCAAAUCGCCAACGCAAGUCACCGGUGCCCUUGUCACAAUUUCCCCUGAAAGAUGGGCUGACCGACACUGCCAAGCUCGCCAGCAAGUUUGAGGAGGGGCAGGAUGUCCUGGCUCGAUGGUCAGAUGGCCUGUUUUACCUGGGCACUAUUGCCAAGAUAGAUACACUAAAGCAUCGCUGCUUUGUGAUUUUUGAAGAUCAGUCUAAAUCCUGGGUUCUGUGGAAGGACAUUCAGACAGGGGACAGUGGAGGGGAGAUGCUCUGCUCUAUAUGCCAGGAUGAAAGCUCGGACCCUCCCAAUGAAAUAGUAAUUUGUGACAAAUGUGGUCAAGGAUACCAUCAGCUGUGCCAUGCCCCCAUAAUUGACUCAGCUGUCAUUGCCUCUGAUGACAAAUGGCUCUGCCGACAGUGCGUGUUUGCCACAACAACAAAGAGAGGUGGUGCUCUGAAGAAGGGGCCAAAUGCCAAAGCCCUGCAGGAAAUGAAGCAGUCCCUGCCAUAUGCUCUGGAAGACCUGGUGUGGGACCAGGGCCACAAGACCAACAUCCAGCAAUGCUACUGUUACUGUGGAGGGCCUGGAGAUUGGUUUCUGAAGAUGCUGCAGUGUAAAAAGUGUAAGCAGUGGUUUCAUGAAGCAUGUAUCCAGUGUUUUCAGAAGCCAAUGCUGUAUGGAGACAGGUUCUAUCUAUUUAUUUGUUCAGUUUGUAACAGUGGACCAGAGUACCUCAAGCGCAUGCCUUUGAGAUGGGUAGAUGUUGCACACCUGAGCCUGUAUAACCUGAGUGUAAUUCAUAAAAAGAAAUACUUUGACUCAGAACUGGAACUGAUGGCUUACAUCAAUGAUAACUGGGACAGGCUGCAGCUUGGCGAGCUUGCAGACACCCCUAGAGCAGAACGAUAUGAAUGCAUUCUGGAAGCACUUAACAGCAACCUCAACAUGUUCAUGUCAGGGAAGGAGAUAAAGAAAAAGAAGCACCUGUUUGGAUUACGGAUUCGCUUCCCACCAGGCCCCCAGAGCUCAGAGCUGCAAUCAGACCGAGAGCAGGAAAAGGCCUCCCAUGAGAUCAAGAUCAAAGGCAGGAAGGCCAGCAAACCCCCUCAUUUAACCAGCACUGUCACUAAUGGAUCAGUAAAAAAGGGAAUGAGGAAACAUCGCACACACUCAUUAGAGACAUUGGCCAAAUUGAGAAGAUCAAGUGAAAUUUUGGCACAGAAUGAUGUGAAGUGUCCAACUCUAGACAAUAACUCACUGGACCUGAUGGCCUCAAAAAGGGAAAAAUCAUUGCCCUCUUCAAGUACCUCUGACGUUGAAUCUGUUGGCGCCACUAGCACCAGUGAAACUACCUCAACCACCAUCUCAAGACAGUCCAGCAUAGGCAGUCCGAGCGGACCACGCACUGGAUGCUUCUGGCCCACGGUCACGCAGCCACUGAUGAAGAGGCGCCGGGGACGUCCACGACGAGCACUGCAGCCACCAAAUCCUGAGAUUCCGCCACCCUGCAUCCCUGAACCACAUCCCAGCAACAACAUCCCUGAUACCAGACCCCCUCCCUCCUGCAUCUACAACAGCAUGGACAUGAUGCAGGGCCUGGACCCUGACACCCAGCUCAAAAGCUCUAUCAGCACUUACUUUGGAGCCGCAGGUCGCUUGGCCUGUGGUGAAAAGUAUCGUGUGCUGGCCCGCCGUGUCACUCAUGAUGGCAAAGUACAGUACUUGGUGGAAUGGGAGGGGGUUACAGCCUCCUGAACUGGUCACAGGUCUGGUCACAUACAGUGUAUGCCUGGUGGGCCACCAAUAAUGUGCUUUGUUUUGCGACAAUAAAAAUGUAAUUCAUAUGGAGGUGAAUGGAGCAGUGAAUGUGACUGAAUGAAUGAACAUGGUUGACUGAGAUGUUUGAGUGGCCUCAGGACUACCAUAAAGAGGUGGGAAUUAAUAGUGUUCUGUGUAUGCAACCAUCUCUCUCUGCAAAUUCAAAGGACUGCCUUCACAUGAAUUGACACAUUGGAGGUGGUCAGAAUUUCAGUAUGAAGACAUAAUCAAGUCACUGCUAUGUCAAAAUAAUUCAAGUCCUUUCUUUUUGCCUCUGAUGUACAGGUGCCUUAAAGGGUUGUCAAACAUACUAUAUAUGCUGCUGGAGACUAAGGAUUUUGCUCUCCUUAUUCAGUCAAAACUUUUCUCAAAUGAGCAAGGAAAGAGAGCGCUAUUAUGGAUAGGGCACUUUUAUUUCCAUUUGAUUUGAUUGCACAUAAGCUCUCAUCCUCAACAUCCAGUGUUGUCUUGUGUCAGUUUAAGUGACCUAGCGUAUUAAUUUCAUUACAAAAUGAAACAUUAAAAAUGGGUGACAUUCUCUCAAAGCAAAAUAAAAAAAAACAGCAUUAAUAGAUCUAAACAUUUUGUCAGACAUUACACAAAUUCACUGUUGGCUAAUUUGAGGGUUUCCACCCCCCUUAAAAGUACAUGACAGAGCGCUGCAACAUUAAGAUGUCUCCAUGUAUGCCCCCUUUUUAUAUAGCUGUAAUAAAAACUGUUCAGCUGUUAAUAGCUGCCACAUGAGUGGUUUCAGUUCUAAAGGUUUUUUAGGCAAGUGCUAUUUUAGUUUAAUUCCCUCAGUUAAAUGAUUUUAAAUAUGAUCUAAUAUUCAUUUUUUUGUGGGAGGGAUAGUUUUGUUUUUUUUUUAAUUCUAUGCAACGUAAUUCAAUGUUUUUGUGUAUUUUUCAGCUUCACCUUAAUAUCCGAAAACAGCAGCGAUAUUUUUGUUACUAUUGACUCAGGCUUUUUGUUUAGUUGUGGUGCUAUUUAUUGCUUUCAUACAGCAGUGUACACUAACCAUUCACAAUGCACUCAGGAUACUUUUCACAACUUCAUUGUAAGAUUUGAUAGGAUGUUCAGAUAUAUUCUGCAAGAAAUGAAAUGUUCAAUUCUCAGUUUUAUAUUUUCAUACAAUUCUAAAAUCCUAAUUUUAGGUUUAUUAAAAAUUCUCAAUUUCAGUUGAAGUGACAAACUUUGACCUGAGAAUGCCCUGUACUCCAUAACAUUAUCUUACCACUUGCAGAGGUUGGAAGGAUCUUUGGUUUCAGGCAAGUGUUGGACUUCAACAUUAUUACCUCCUCAUUUUGAUACAAUGAACAAAUAUUAAGCUCUUGUGUUGUGUAUUAAGCAAUUUUUCUGUUGGUGUACCAAUAUUUAGGAAAGCUUACUUUGUAUUUUACUGGCUUUGAGCAGGCUUCUUUAGCCAAAUA